AUGAAUCACAAUUCGGGGGAGAACACCGAUCCGAGUACGGAGCGAAGUGACAACUCGGUGGGGGACUAUAUGCUUGGAAGGGGAAGUCCCAGUGGGGACUACAUCGAUGAGGGGCAAGACACAGGGGAAGGCCAAAAUGCGGAGGGAGUGGGCAUUCAAGAGGGAGUGGGCAAUCAAAACGGAGUGGGAGAGGGAGGGGGCAUGGCGGAACUGUCUGAGAACGAAUACCCCGGCGCGCAGUACAUCCCACAUUUGCACGGGCUGGGCAGAGAGAGACAAGCGUUGUCCUGCCAGGUGAACGAAAUGAUGAUUCCAGGACAGGUAUCCCCUUACCACAUGCCACAAGAUGAGGCGUCCUCAGAGCAAGAAACUUUAUAUGACGAAAAUGGAUUCCCCAUAAGGACAAAUUCGAAUGACCAAGAAGGAGACAAAAAAUUGUGGUCAUGGACCAAUGAUGGAAAAUUAAAACUUUUAUGUUCUCAACCAAUAAUCCCAGUGUCUGUUGUGCAAGGUAUACUAAGAAGGGAUAAAAUUAUUUUAAUACCACAAGUAGAAGUAACCGAUUUUGUUGUCCCAAAAAUAUACAACCAAAAUAUAAAGCAUGAUGUGCCCAAGUUGGACCUAAAAGUGGAAUACUCCAAUGUAGAAAUACCAAAUGUCAAAUAUGUGGAGAAGGAAAUAAUCAUUCCAAUAAUCACAGGGUACACACAUAAGUUCAUCCCUAAGUGGGAUGUCCAUGAGGUUCCCAGGCCGGUUGUUAAAUACAUAGGGGAACAAAAAAUAGUGGAGGUAGAAGUACCCGAAAUUAAGUAUAUUGACAAAAUAGUAGAAAGAGAAGUAGUGGUAGAUACCGUUGAAAAAAGGGUCCCUAAAAUUAUCGAGAUUCCAAAAUACGUAGAUGAAGUUAAGUAUGUGUGGAAACCUAUUGAAAAAAUUGUAUACAUACAGAAGCUGGUUCCCAAAUUUGAUGUCAACUUGGAAUGUCCUCCACCUUUAAUCGUUCCCUACCCGGUACAAACGGUCAAGCAAAUUCCACCUGUCAUGGUCAGAAAGGAUGUGAAAUUUCCAGACUGUGAUUACGCUGAUUUCAAUUCACCAUCCGGGUCGUUGCCAGUCCCUAGAGAGUACGUCGAUUAUUAUACUUCUAGACAGAAAGCCCAGAAGGGUAUUUUCUCCAACUGCUGCGAAUCCAAUUGUAAUAAGAGUGGGGAGGAUCAUGAUGAGACUUACUACGAUGUGUCCCCCAAUUCUGGCAUGAGGGUCUCCGAAGAGUCACUCCAGAAUGAACUAAAUAUUUGUAAUUCCUCCAACCCGUUUGUCAACACCAGCGUCGAUUCGAUUUUGAAUAAGGCGGGCCCGAACCCAAAGCUCGCCCGUGACGCGGACAUUCAUGCGAUUGUAAAGGCGAGCGUGGAUGCGAACCGGAACGCGAACCGGAAUGCGAACCGGAACGCGAACCGGAAUGCGAACCGGAAUGCGAACCGGAAUGCGAACCAGGAUGCGAACCAGGAUGCGAACCAGGAUGCGAACCAUAAUGCAAAUGCAAAUGCUAGCGUAAAUGCGAGCGUGAAC